CCAGCAUCAAUAACAUCAUUAUUAAUAAGAAUUUGAUCCAAUUCAUCCAUGGGGUUACCUGGCUUCAGGGUGGGAAUUGUCUACUCCUACAAUGAUGCCGUGGUGAAUUGUGCCAGAAGGAUGUCCAGCUUUGGACUAGUAUCCUCACAGACUCAGCAUUUGAUUGCAGCAAUGCUAUCUGAUGAUGAGUUUGUUGAUAGGUUCAUUGCAAAAAGCAAAGAGCGGCUAGACAAGAGGCGCAAGGUCUUCACUGAGGGACUUGAGCAGGUGAAGAUUGAUUGUUUGAAUGGCAAUGCUGGCCUCUUUAUGUGGAUGGAUUUGCGUAGGCUUCUCAAAGAUCAGUCCUCUAAGGCAGAAAUGGAGCUAUGGAAAGUGAUAAUCAAUGAAAUCAAGCUCAAUGUUUCUCCUGGUUCUUCUUUUCAUUGCACUGAGCCAGGUUGGUUCAGGGUUUGCAUUGCCAACAUGGAUGACAGCACCAUGGAAGUUGCCUUAUCAAGAAUUACAGACUUUAUGCAUCAGAACAGGGAUCAGAAUAAGGAGGUCAAGGUGCCUGCAAGGAAACAGCGCCAACAAAGCAGCCUUAAACUUAGCUUAUCUCGAGGAAAGGUGGAAGAUUUCAUGUCACAAAUUAAUGUGUUCCCGCACACUCCUAUUCCUCAAUCGUCUCUUGUUCCAGCCAGGACUUAGCUCGAGCAGCUCUAUCAAUAUGCAACUGAGGGAAAUAUUAAACACUUCCCGUUUUUCAGACUAGGCCUUAAUUUAUUGUCAUUGUUAUUAAUUUGUAACUAAGUUGGGGCCAAUGCAUUCUUUCCCGUGGAGAAAACCUUUAUACAAUCCUGUAAAACAUACAGGACUCCAAGGGUUCAUACAUCACCAUUCAUUUACUUCAACAAGUGUACUACUUUUGCCUUUCUUCACAAGCAAAUUGUUAGUGAUGAAGAAGGUUUAUUGCUUUCCUCCAAAAGUGAAUAAAAUGAAAGAAUUUAU